GUGGAGAAGAGGCAGGAGUUCCUGAAGCUCCGCCGGCAGCAGCAGAUCGAGCGAGAGCUCACCGGGUAUUUGGAGUGGAUCUGCAAAGCAGAGGAGGUGUUGCUGGAGGAGGAGGAUGAGAUAGCAGAGGAGAAGUCCCCACUGGACGGUGCGUGGUACAAGAGGAAGCAAAACCUUCCAGUCCAUAAACGUGGCAAAGCGAAGAAAGGUAAAAACGACCUGAUAGGAGGCGAGGAGGGGGACGAUCCUUUCGCUGACAUCUCCUCCGUCCCUCCUCCUGGCUCUCCGUUUGGUCGGGCCAGCGUGAAGAGCAGCGGUAAGAUGGACAGCUCCUCGUACUUCCGGCGCAAAGAGAAGAGGAUGCGCUUCUUCAUCCGGCGCAUGGUGAAGGCUCCGAGCUUCUACUGGAUCGUUCUGUGUCUGGUGGGCCUGAACACUCUGUGCGUGGCCAUCGUCCACUACGACCAGCCCGAGUGGCUCACCAGGGCCCUCUACGCAGCAGAGUUUGUGUUCCUGGGUUUGUUCCUGACUGAGAUGUCCUUGAAGAUGUACGGCCUCGGAGUGAGGAAUUAUUUUCAUUCCUCCUUUAACUGCUUUGAUUUUGGGGUGAUUGUGGGAAGUAUUUGCGAGGUGAUCUGGGACAUGAUUAAACCCGGAGCAUCGUUCGGUAUCAGCGUGUUGAGAGCGCUGCGACUGCUCAGGAUAUUCAAAGUCACCAAAUACUGGAACUCGCUCAGGAACCUCGUGGUCUCCCUCCUCAACUCCAUGAAGUCCAUCAUCAGCUUGCUCUUCCUCCUCUUCCUCUUCAUCGUGGUCUUUGCUCUGCUCGGCAUGCAGCUCUUCGGAGGAAUGUUUAACUUUGAAGAAGAGACCCCAACCACCAACUUUGAUACGUUUGCAGCAGCCAUCCUCACUGUGUUCCAGAUUCUGACGGGCGAGGACUGGAACGCUGUGAUGUACCACGGCAUCGAAUCACAAGGAGGCGUACAUGGGGGCAUGUUCUCCUCAGUCUACUUCAUCGUCCUCACGCUCUUUGGAAACUACACCCUACUGAAUGUGUUCUUGGCUAUCGCUGUCGAUAACCUCGCAAAUGCACAGGAGCUGACUAAGGAUGAGGAGCAGCAGGAGCAGGCAGCCAAUAAGAAGCUGGCGUUGCAGAAAGCUAUGGAGGUGAAGGAAGUCAGCCCCAUGUCAGCAGCCAACAUCUCAAUCUCUGCUUUUGUAAAGCAAAAUCGAGAUGCAAUCUCUCGCAGGUCGUCCAUCAACAGCAUUCAGUCAGCGAGUUAUUCUGUCUACUACUCUCCUGCCCGACGAAUCAUGAGUAAGGAGCAGCUGCGCUCUGCAAAGUCCAUGUCAGUGUGGGAGCAGAGGACCAACCAGCUGAGGAAACACAACAUGAGGACGAGCAGCGAGGCUCUGUUCAACGAGCUGGACCCUGAGGAGCGCCUGCAGCUGGCCUCCGCCCUCCACCUGCACCCCGACAUGAUGACUCACCUGGACCGGCCGCUCGUGGUGGAGGCCAAGAAUGGCGACAAACCCUGCAGGUCUCCAGACGGAGGACGCGAAGAGACGGGGGAAUUCAGGCACGACGGGAUGGGAGAAAACCAAACUCACUCCAGGAGGCACCACCGGCACCGCGAGAGGAACGGGGAGGGCCGGGAUGGAGGGGAAGGCCACGGAGGGAGGCACCACACCCACCACAGCCGGAGCAGAGACCACAACGGGGACAGAGAGAGGAGGGGGGAUAGCAGCCACAGCCACGACGAAGGAGGACAGGGACACCGGCACAACCACCAGGCCGGCUCCCCUGAGGAGGACAACAAAGACUUCAGAGGAGGAGAAGAGAGAGGACACCGCCACCAUCACUCCCAUCGUUCACCCAAAGAGGAGAACGGGGUGAUAGCCAACGGAGCACAGGGAGAGCACAGGGGGAAGGGGGGAGGAGGAGGGGAGAGCAACGGAGAGAGGAGGGGACGCUGCUCUCGGAUGGUCAGAGCGCACUCUACUCUCGAUGGAGACGACUGUAAGAGGAACAAGAAUGGAUUCAAAGGUCACAGGGACAGGCAGCCGGAUGCUGAGGACGACGGCCUGGCCUCCAGUCCUCUGCAGCCCAUGCGCAGUAACCUGAGUCUUGGAGAGAAGCAGGAGGACGCCGACAACCAGAAGAACUCCACCAGGGCCAGCCAGGCCGGCCUCAACAGCAACACCAUCGUCAUCCCCGUCACCAUCACCGCCCCGCCCGGAGAGACCACCAUCAUACCCAUGAACAAUAUCGACUGCGACAGCUUCUUAUUCAGCGAUGAGAAGAAAGACCUGGAGGAUGAGGAGGCGGCUAAUGGGCCUCGGCAGAUCCUUCCCUACAGCUCCAUGUUCGUCUUUGGGCAAACUAACCCGGUGCGGCGGCUGUGUCACUACGUGGUCAACCUACGCUACUUUGAAAUGUGCAUCCUGUUGGUCAUCACAAUGAGCAGCAUUGCUCUGGCAGCCGAAGAUCCAGUGCAAGCGAAUGCACCGCGCAACAACGUUCUCAAGUAUCUGGAUUAUGUCUUUACUGGGGUCUUCACUUUUGAGAUGGUGAUAAAGAUGAUUGACUUGGGACUGAUCCUCCACCCUGGCGCUUAUUUCCGUGACCUGUGGAACAUUCUGGACUUCAUCGUGGUCAGCGGAGCUCUGGUGGCCUUUGCCUGCUCGAGCCUCAUGGGAUCGCAACACAGCGUGGCCAGAGGGACGAAAGGCAAGGACAUAAACACCAUCAAGUCCCUGAGGGUCCUCCGAGUCCUGCGGCCACUCAAGACCAUUAAACGUCUCCCCAAGCUGAAGGCGGUGUUCGACUGUGUCGUGAACUCUCUGAAGAACGUUCUUAACAUCCUCAUCGUCUACAUGCUCUUCAUGUUCAUCUUCGCUGUCAUCGCCGUGCAGCUCUUUAAGGGGAAAUUCUUCUACUGCACUGACGAGUCCAAGGGUCUGGAGAAAGACUGCAGGGGUCAGUUUCUGGACUUCAACCGUGAUGGUGUGGAAGCUCAGCCCAGAGAGUGGAAGAAGUACGAGUUUCACUACGAUAACGUUCUCUGGGCCUUCCUGACGCUCUUCACCGUGUCUACGGGAGAGGGCUGGCCAAUGGUCCUGAAGCACUCUGUGGACGCCACCUACGAGGACAAGGGCCCCAGCCCCGGCUUCCGCAUGGAGACAUCCAUCUUCUAUGUGGUCUACUUCGUGGUGUUUCCCUUCUUCUUCGUCAACAUAUUUGUGGCUUUGAUCAUCAUCACUUUCCAGGAGCAGGGAGACAAGGCCAUGUCGGAGUGCAGCCUGGAGAAGAACGAGAGGGCUUGUAUCGACUUUGCCAUCAACGCCAAGCCGCUAACCAGAUACAUGCCGGCGAACAAGCAGUCCUUCCAGUACAAGAUGUGGAAGUUUGUGGUGUCGCCCCCGUUCGAGUACGCCAUCAUGUCUUUGAUCGCCUUGAACACAGUCGUGCUGAUGAUGAAGUGCUACCCCGCUCCAGACCUGUACGAGUCCAUGCUGAAAUACUUAAACAUCCUCUUCACAGCCCUCUUCACACUGGAGUGCUUCCUCAAGAUUAUUGCCUUCGGCCCGCUGAACUACCUGAAAGCAGCGUGGAACGUGUUUGACUUUGUGACCGUGCUGGGGAGCAUCACGGACAUCUUGGUGACAGAGAUUAAGACGGAUAAGAUGAUCAACCUGAGUUUCCUGAGGCUCUUCAGAGCUGCGCGCCUCAUCAAAUUGCUGCGGCAGGGAUACACCAUCCGCAUCCUGCUGUGGACCUUCGUUCAGUCCUUCAAGGCUCUGCCGUAUGUCUGCCUGCUCAUUGCCAUGCUGUUCUUCAUCUACGCCAUCAUUGGAAUGCAGGUGUUUGGAAACAUUGAACUGAAUGAAGAGAACGCAAUAAAUCACCACAACAACUUCCAGACCUUUUUCCAGGCGUUGACUCUUCUCUUCAGGAGUGCAACGGGCGAGGCGUGGCAUGAGAUCAUGUUGGCGUGUCUCAGUAACCGGCCGUGUGAUAGGCUCACAGGAACCGUGGGGAAAGAGUGUGGAAGUGACUUUGCCUACUUCUACUUUGUCUCCUUCAUCUUCCUCUGCUCCUUCCUGAUGCUGAACCUGUUUGUCGCUGUCAUCAUGGACAACUUUGAGUAUCUGACCAGGGACGCCUCCAUCCUUGGGCCUCAUCACCUCGAUGAAUUCAUCCGCGUGUGGGCGGAGUACGACCCUGCUGCCUGCGGGAGGAUAUGCUAUCAGGAUAUGUACAAAUUGUUGCGUUUAAUCUCCCCUCCCCUGGGCCUGGGGAAGAAGUGCCCUAACAGAGUGGCUUAUAAGCGAUUGGUGAGGAUGAACAUGCCCAUUGCGGAGGACAAGACGGUGCACUUCACCUCCACGCUGAUGGCCUUGAUCCGCACGGCGCUGGAGAUCAAACUGGCAUCUGGGGUCCUGGCGCAGCAUCUUUGCGACGCUGACCUGAAGCGGGAGAUCGCCCGCGUGUGGCCCAACCUGUCGCAGAAGACCGUCGACCUGCUGGUGACCCCACCCAAAUACAACGAGCUGACGGUGGGGAAGGUCUACGCAGCCCUGAUGAUCUUUGACUACUACAAGCAGACCUGUGCCAAGAGACUCCAGCAGCAGAACAACACAGGCUUACCUCAGAGUAAACUCGGGACGCUGUUCCGUCCCGUACUGACCCUCACUCAGAUAAAGGAAGUAGAACCAACGUUCCCCUUCCCCAAAAAGCCCAGCCCCCCCCAGCCUGAGCCAGAAACCAAGCUAGUGGCACUGCCCAGUACCAGCAUCCCCUCCAUCAGCAGGGACACAGCGCUAAACCAGACGAGGGUCAUAAAACAUUCCCAGUCCGGAGACGUUUCUCAGAUGGCACAACAGAGACCCAAAGUCCGGAGGAAACUACAGAGAGGCCAGUCAGAGGAUGUUCCCUACACCACCAGACCUCAGGAAUUCGUUGAGCUGACGAAGGUGGAGGACGUUUCAGACUCAGAAGCAUAUCCGAGCCUGGAGGGCCACUGCAGAGCGGCUUCUCUGCCCAGACUCAACGCUGAGUACUACCGGAGCCACCCUCGCCACGCCCCUGGGACCCACCUGGCACCGAUUGUGGACCUGAGUCCCAUCAAGCGCUCGGCCUCCUCGCUGACGCCGCAGCACUACCAGGAGGUCGGGCUGAGGGAGUAUGACCUGGAACAGCCCGGCUUGGCUCAGUCCCCGACGGGCCCAGGUCAGAUCCAGGACCAGGACAGAGCCCACCACCAUCACCACCACCACCGCUGCCAUAGACGCAGGGAGAAAGAUAAAGACAAGAAGCAAAAGUCUCUGGAUAGAGCUGGAUCAGUGCAGCCAUCCAGCACAGUUGAUUCGUUCACCGACCCUUCAGCGGAGGGUUUGUCCAGAGAGCGAGCGAGGGAGCGUGACCGCAGCCGGCCUCAUGAGAGGAGGCAUCACUCCUCAGCAGGAGAGAAGCAGCGCUACUACUCCUGUGAGCGUUACGGCAGCAGAGAGCAGUGUCACACCAAAUCAGCCGGUCCCAGCAGAUCCACGUCACCCGGAGAGGGGCAGGACGCUGCUCUGCUCAGACAGCAUGGUAGCAGUGUGGUGAAAGCUGUGCCGCUGCCCUCGGGUUCGAGCACUCCGGGCCGCGGUCGCAGGCAGCUCCCUCAGACCCCCCUCACCCCUCGUCCUGCCGUGGCUUACAAGACCGCCAACUCCUCGCCUCUCCAGCCCAGUGCCAGCGCCGCCACCACGGGGCCCCAGACUCGCUUCAGCCGCGGCCUUUCAGAGCACGAUCGGUUAAACUGGGGCCACGACGAGUCCCCGAUCCCCGUCACACGCAUCGGUUCGGACUCUAAUCUAAACCGGCAGUCGCAGAUCUCCCCUCAACAGGCGUCCCAUGGAGAGGACUUCCAUGACUCUGUGAGUAGCCACGGAGGGGGACGCUUUGCCCGAAACGCAGCCUCCACCUCCACCACAGCCUCGGCUUCACAAGGAACUGCCGCUGCGUCCGUCACAGCGGCAAACACGCAGGGUCGCUCGGGGGUGCCCAACGGGUUCCACUUCACCCUCGGGGUCAACUCUGCUGCUGGGAGCCGAGGGAGUCUCAGGGAGAGGGAGGACGAGGACUGGUGCUAACGUGGUGUAAACGUAUCAGUGUUGUACAGCGCUCUAACUAAGGAAGCCGGCGGAUUUAUCCAAAAGGAAACUCUUUGAGGAAAAAGCCAGUGGAAAGUGCUGUAAAAGGGGAUCAGAAACCAUUCCAGCUUUGUAGUGUUUCUCCUUUUUUAUAAAACAAACUUUUAAGGAUAUAAAGACACUGAUGACUUUUUCUACCCCCUUUACUUGCACUGAAACUAUAGCACCUGUGAAGACCCUUAAGUAUUUUGCCUUGGCCAGUAAAAUCAGUGAUGGAGCAGAAGACAAAACGCCAUCCUCAUUCUUUGAGCGGAAGUGAUCUGAAUGCCUCAAAGCUGGUAUCAACAUGGCUGCUCACAACACUGUUUUAUUUUUGUAUGUUUAAUGUUGUUUAUGGUUGCUAUGUCGGUGAGAGAAGAGUUACAACUUGAUCAUAUUGAUGCUUCCACCAAAUGUUUUUUUCAUCAGCCUUUACUUGGGGUUAUCACCUAAUUUUGUCCAGAUGGAACCAAUUUAUGUCAAUCUUAAACUUCUGCCAUGAAACCUAAGGGACACACCGAAAAAUGUAACAUUGUGAGAGAUUGGAUUUAGAAUUAGAGCCCAGUUUUCAUAAUCAGUUUUGUAAAUUGUACCAGAUGUACAUUUUUUGAGUGCACAUAGGGAAUAGAUAACUCUUUUCUGAUGUUAUGUGGCUGAUUACUAAGUGCCUCGUUUUCCAAGAUGUAUUAAGAUGCAGCCUGAUCAGAUGGACUUGAAUAUACAGUAGAGGAUGUGAGUGUGUACAAGGCUGAGGAAAGUGUAGAGAACAAAGUUUUAAUCUGGUAUAGUGGACCGAAUGCAAAAAAAUAUCAAUUAUGUUUUGUACUGAAUCUUGUGGUAGGUAUGUCUGAUUUACAGAUCCAAAGUAAGCAAUGUAAUGCAUGCCAGGGUCUUGAACUUGUCAAAAAUAGUGUCUGUACUUUUUGCUUAAGGGUGUGUGGUAAGCAUUUGCCUUUCUCUUUCAAAUAUACUGCCAGCCAGUUGGUAGAAAUGGUCUCUGAAUGCAGAAAAGUGCCAUUUUUUAUUUAUUUCUGAUCAACAAAUCUCAACACUUGCCUCCUCAAGCAUACAUUGUUUCUGCCAUAUUUCCCCAAAUGUCCAGGUUUACACUUAUCUCUUUCCCCCCCCUGAGUGCAGUAUUGUGUGAGGGUUUUAGGAGAGUUUACCUGUCUGUGUAUCCGCAGGUACAAUAAAGAGUUGUGUUGUUGCCGCUGACUGUUGACUUGAAAUAGGGCUAUGCAACAAGGCGACACUUCAUCUGCCCUGUAGCUUUACCGUCUCGAAUCUCCAGGUUCAGGCUUUAGUGUGACUGCGACCAAAUUUUACAUUUAUGUAUGAAGAGUUGUAAAUUGUAUAUGUAUUAUAUGAUGUACAGUUAACUGACACACACUGAGGCACAAAUGGCAUCAAAGCUGAUAUAUGUGAAUCACAGGGCAUUUAGAGGUUGGCAAGUUGACUGCAUGAAGCCUACCCAGAUAGAAACACCCAGAAUAUAAAACUGUUGGAUCAAGUUGUGUUUUUAAAUAAUUUUAAACUUGCUUGAAAACCAGAUACAUAUUGACUGAUACAAUGGUUUAGUGUGAGGUAUUCUGUCAAUAACAGAUGGCUAAUCUAACAUUUCUGUAUGGUUAGAGUUCUAGGUAAAGAGCUGACCGGCCAUUUAGGAAACCCCAGACCCGAGCUUAAAUUGAGCUUUUCCCCCCUUUUCUGCAACAUGUUGGCUCCACUCUUUCCCACUUUCCUUUGGGCAAGACCAAUACCAACAAUAGUAUGUUUUUAAACAUUUGUGAAACAAUGGGUCUUACUGCCCAUUAGAUAUAUCAGACUUUUGAUGAAAUACUUAUUGGUAGAUAAAUAGAAAUUAGAGUAAUAUAUUUUGUUGCGAUAAAGAAAAAAUAUUUUGUCAAAACGGGAUUAUGGGUGGCUAUUUAAAAACUAAAAUGUUUGCACAUUUAUAGAAAGAUUAUUUAUCAGUAUUUUGAAUCAAAAUACAGAUUAGAUCUUCAAGGUGUCUAAAUCUCUUGGUGCAUGUUGAAUCUAAGCAAGUUUAAGAACAUGUAAAUGAUUUGCUAACAUGAUUUGAUCCAAUUAUUUCCCUAACCCUAACUUCCUGUUGUCCCAUAUGUGUGCAAUCUAUUUGAUGGAUCAUCUAAAAGGAGCUGUUUUAGACUUUAAAGCAAUAAGGUCUAACUGUAGGCGUGGCUCUGGUAUGUGUAAAGGUAACGUAAUAGAUUGCUUGUUGUCUUUAAAAAAAGCUGUACGUUGCCUAAUGGAGUAGAGAUUGGUGUUCAUCUCUAAAGUAGAUUUUUCAAAACAACAUUUCCAGACCUCCAACGAGCGUGACAUGAACAGGGUGCCAAGUUUUCCUCUUACACUUUUACUCUUGACUGCCCCCUCUGGACAUGUCCGGGAUUGCAUGUUCUGAAAUGAAAAUGUGCAUGUGCAAAAAAAAGAAGAGGAAUUGUUUGACUUCAUUCAGUCCAUGAUUUGUACCCUUUGUUUCCUUGUUGUAUUUUCUGAUUAUCUAAACAUACAAUGUAUCUGUUUCAGGUAAAGACAGAAAAAGAGAGCUUGAAUAACAUUUAAUUGCCACCAAAGUGGAAACAAGGCUCUUUCUCAGAAAAGAGAUUCUGGAAUGGCUGAAUCCUUCGCUGCCUGAUCUGUUACUUGACUGUCUCUCCCACAGUUAUUUUUGACUGUACCUAUAGAUUUUAUAUGAAUAUAAGUCCUUGAAUAAAGAGGUAUGAUUAUGAAAUUGCAA